CGAUACGUACUAUUGUUAUUGAGCUGUUCCUUUUGACAUGCCUGAGCCACAUUUACCUGGGGCGGUUAUACACGUAGUACAACACACAGGUAAGGCCACACCUGUAAUCGGUGUUUACCUGGACCGGCUUUCUCGGCGGGACACGGCUGGAAUUCUGAUCUCUUGAUACAGGUAACGUCGGCCAUUACCUUUUAUAAUUGUUACUCGUGUGGCCAUCGACUAACUAGUGGGUUACUGACUAUACAACGUCAUUGAGUGACCAAUAGAAGUACGAAUUACGUGCUGAUCGAUGUGUGGGUGACUACACUGUUAUGAGAACAUUCCUGGCCUGUGACGUUUCUGUGAGUUAAUAAAAUGUCGGGCGCGGAGGACAGUAGCUCCGUGUCGUCUGCUUCGGAAGCUAUGGCAGGCAUCAUAGAAGACAAUAGCGCAGUUGGUGAAACUCUGAAUUCAGAAUUUUACGAAGAUGUGUUGGGACGACUUGACGAUUUAGAGAUUUCGGCGAAUUUAGACAUACCUGACGAAGAGAACGACGAAGAUAGCAGGAACGAUGACACAAACGAAUCAAUCGGCGCCGAAUCGUCUGCCAGUGAUACCAGCAAAGAUGCCAAAUCUGAACAAGGAGCACAGGUAGCCAAAACAACAAAACAGGAAGUGUCUCGUUCGAAGUCAAAAACAACACCAAAUAAGAAGCCGUCUGUAGAUUCAAAAGAUUCAAAGAACAUUAAAUCUACAGGGUCAGUGUUUUCGAAAUUAAGACGUUUGACAAAAUCAGAUAAAAAGAGUCGCAAAAAACCCGAGGAAUCACCACUAAGUGAAAUCAAAAUUGAGAAGUUGCCGCAGGUAUUUGUUGCUAAAUAUCUCGGCAAGAAGCCUACUAAAGGAUUAUUUGGACUUCAGCAUGUGAGGAAACCUGUCGACAGAAUGAUCGGUGCUCUAAAAAAAGAUUUAAGUGAAAAUGAAAAAGUGGAGCUUCCCUUGACAUACGUUGUGGUAUCCUCUAAAGGAAUCGAGAUUAGGGAACACGCGGCCUCUAGGGUGAAGGAGGUCGGCAACAUCGGCCUGGUUCCGAUAGAUUUUAUAUCAUAUGGUGUUCAGGACAUAAAGUUUUGGAAAGUCUUCACUUUCAUCGUCGUCAGCGAACUCUCAUCACGCGCCAAAACCACGGAGUGUCACGCGGUUCUUUGCGAUUCCGACGCGACUGCCAGGAAAAUGGCGCUGUCCCUGGCGGCGUCUUUCCAUGUGUACAAGAAGAAACUCAACAAGGAAGGAAAGAAUAAUAACUUUAAAGUGGAGCUCCGACUCCCAGACGAACUUGCAGAGGCGUUCGAGGAAGAGUGUGACGCAUAGCGACUACUUUAAAGUAGUUACGUAUAAUGUGACGGCCUGUCGGUAGCUUUUGAGCCUAUUAGAGUCUGAGGUCGUUUGGAGGGAUUAACGGGUUUAAGUACCCCCUUCUUAUAGUGGUCGUAAGAACACCUGUCUGCCAAAUAUAGUCACAUGAUUCAGGGCACGUGCAAGCUCCUUACACUUUUGUAACCUGCACGAUGACGUAAGUGAGCAUAUUGUUGUAUUGCAACUUACACACCUGUGUUGGCUAGCGUAUUACUGUUUGUGAUGAGGAUUUGAAAUGCUUUGAUAAAGUUGUGCUUAUUUCGUAUUAUCUAUUGUAUGAAAAUCUUUUGGAAAUAUUAAAAUAAGUACAAGUUAACAAUUUGUCAUAAAAAUAAUGUGAAA